AAAGCAAAAUUUCAACCCUCAUCGCAGUUGCACCAUGGCAGAUUCCAGUGCACCUCCAGAGGAAUCUCAUACCCAACAGUCUCGCAUAGACGAUGGGAAAGCCUCAGAGCAGGUUUUUCAGGAAUCAGCCCCGGAUAAGGAUCUGGAACAGCCAACGGCACCUGACCAGUUUGAUGCGCGAUACUGUACCACCAAAUGGGAAAUAUGGGCAUACUAUGCUUAUUACAUUGGAAACAAUGGAUUAUCUCUGUUCAACUUCGGCCCAACUGCCUUCCAGAACCUACUCAGCCAAGCCGCAGGCGAUAGCGGAACCGUCUAUUUCGCAGGACGAGAACGCUCCAUCAAUAGCAUUGUACUUCUCAGCAAUGGAAUUUCGUUCGCCAUCCAAGUAGUUAUCUUCCUAGUCAUCGGCAGUUUCGCCGACUUCGGCACAUGGCGACCCAAUAUCCUGAUCACUCUUUCAAUAAUCGCAUAUGCAAUCGGGUUCGGCUGGCUCGGCGUCCAUACGGCAGACAAAUGGCACGUUGGCGUCGGACUGUACAUCGUCGGCUUGAUCGCCUAUCAAACGACGCUGACCUUCUGGACGGCAGCAUUCCCGGGUUUGGCGCGCAAUACGCCCGAAAUGAAAGCAAAAGCCGAUGCCUACACCGCGGGAACUAUAUCGCGCGAUGAAUACGACCAUGCCGACACGAUAGAGCGGAGUAGGUUGGCGAACAUCGCCUUUUAUGUCCAGUCCUGUGCAGAGGUGGUCAUCCUUGCCAUCAUCGUGGGUAUCAUGUUUGGAGUGCAUGUCAAUGCAAGUGAGGAAAAUAACAAUUGGGGCUUGAGUGUUCUGAUUGCUUUUGCGAGCGGUGUGUGGCUGCUAGUUUCGUUGCCUUGGUUCUUUCUUGAGAAGCGUCGGCCAGGACAGGACCCGAAGGGGAGAAACAUCUUCAUUGCGGGUCUGUGGCAGCUUUAUUAUGCUGCGAAGCAGGUGUGGAGAUUGAAGCAGAGCUUGCUUUAUCUUGUUGGAUAUUUCCUCUUGGGCGACUCGUUAAACACAACUGUGACUGUGAUAUCAACAUUGCAGAACAGUGUGGUCUCUUACAACACUCUAGAGUUGACAUACCUUCUGAUUGCUGGAAUCGCAGCUCAGGCAGUGGGGAUCUAUGGUUUCUGGUUCAUUCAGCAACGCUUUAAACUCGGCACCAAAACUAUGUUUAACACCAUUGCCGUCGCAAUUAUCUUCCUCGAUGGCUGGGGUAUGAUAGGCAUCUGGACACAGAAAUUUGGUUUCCAUCAUGGCUGGGAAUUCUGGCUCUACCAAGUGUAUUACGGCCUGUUCGUCUGCCCGUGGUAUAGUUACUCCCAAAUCAUGAUCUCCGAAGUCGCACCCCGAGGCCACGACUUCCUUUUCUUCAGUUUAUUCAGUAUCGUUGGCAAGACCUCGUCGUUCAUUGGGCCUCUUGUCUCAAGUGCUAUUAUCGAUGCAACGCCGUCUGGAAACGCCUCGAUGCCUUUCUACUUCCUGUUCGGGCUGAGCGUGGCCAGUUUUGCUGUUUUGGCGAUUUGGUUGGAUCUGAAGAAGAGUCGACGAGAGCAGGAGGUGUUUCUGCAGGGUAAAGAUAGCGAUGGGUCGGAAGAUAUGUGAGGUUUAUAUUCUGAGGAUCUGCUGUGGCGGGGAGACUGUGAGGCUUGAAGUAUGUACACAGCAUAUAUUCAUAGGAGUAUACAAGAUGUCUUCUGAAUCAAUGUACAUUAUCCCCCAUCGUUCACAGUUAGCAUGGUAUAUACUCUAGUUUGAGGUUGUGUAUCUUGAAUGGGGUAGGGUUUUUUGUGAGCUUUUACGCAUUUUAUUACAAUAUGAGCCCUCUGGAGUGCGAAAAUAAGUGCAAAAAGUUCUACAUCAUGUUAUAGCAUACCCCCUUCAGUAGUUUAUAGUAGCUUUUCCCCCUGUUUCUCCAUACAUACUUCGGGUAAGCGCCGGAUUAAUCAGAAUGACUCAUUAUGACUUUGCCCACAAGUCGAGUCGGUGGGGAUCUAUAUUCGAAAUACAUUGGUUGAGACUUUCGGACGAAGCUUCUAAGGAGUUUCAUAUUGUUUAAUUCUUACACUUUCAUUUUAAAUCCUUGUUUUUGGCUAAUGUGUAAUAUACAGUUCACUGCGUGUAUCAUUC